AUGUCUGCAAAGGAAAGGCAAAAAAUGAGGGUGACAAAAGACAGCGUUACAUUGCUCCCAUGUUUUUAUUUUGUGGAGCUGCCUAUUCUGGCCUCAUCGGUGGUGAGCCUCUACUUCUUGGAGUUGACAGAUGUCUUCAAGCCAGUUCAUUCAGGCUUUAGCUGCUAUGACAGAAGCCUUAGUAUGCCCUACAUUGAACCUACUCAAGAAUCUAUCCCGUUCCUCAUGUUGCUUUGCUUGGCAUUUGCAGGACCUGCGGCAACAAUAAUGGUGGGUGAAGGUGUUCUGUAUUGUUGUCUGUCUAAGAGGAAAAAUGGGAUCGGAGCAGAAGCGAACAUUAAUGCUGGCGGAUGCAACUUCAACUCGUUUCUAAGAAGAGCAGUCAGGUUUAUAGGUGUCCACGUGUUUGGACUUUGCUCCACUGCUCUCAUUACUGAUAUUAUCCAACUCUCUACUGGUUACCAGACCCCUUAUUUCUUGACAGUCUGCAAACCGAACUACACCUCUUUAAAUGUUUCCUGUAAAGAAAAUCCAUAUGUGCUAGAGGAUAUUUGCUCUGGGCAAGACCUAGCCAUCAUAAACGCUGGAAGGAAAUCAUUCCCUUCUCAACACGCCACCCUGGCAGCAUUUGCAGCUGUUUACAUUUCUAUGUAUUUCAAUGCAACACUUACAGAUUCCUCUAAACUGCUGAAGCCAUUGCUUGUGUUCUCUUUUAUAAUUUGUGGGAUUAUAUGUGGACUUACUCGUAUUACUCAGUACAAGAAUCAUCCAAUAGAUGUUUACAGCGGCUUUCUCCUGGGUGGAGGAAUAGCUAUCUAUCUGGGUCUUUAUGCUGUUGGAAACUUUCAACCCAGUGAAGACAAUAUUCCACAGAAGCCUCCUCCUCCGCUAAGGGAACCAUUAAGGUCAUUAACAGACAUUAGUCAAGACACAAGCAGGAUACUACCAGGGAAAAAUGGCAGUAGCAUUGAUGGUAUUUCUUCACAUCCUUCUGAAAGUAUCUUAAAUAGAAAUAACCGUGAAACAGGCUCUUUGACAAACAUUAAAAGAGCAAGUACUGAUGUAGAAGUUAUAACCCCUAGAAGUCCCAUGGGCAAGGAGAACAUGGUCACUUUUAGCAAUACUUUACCCAGAGUCCAUACCCCAUCAUUUGAAGAUCCAGCAAGGAGAAAUGCAACUAUCCAUGCAUCAAUGGACUCUGCUCGUUCUAAACAACUGUUAUCUCAAUGGAAGACUAAAAAUGAAAGUCGUAAACUUUCUUUGCAGGUCAUUGAAACUGAAACUGGACUCUCGCCUCAAAGAAUAAUAGAAAUGAGAUCAAGCUCUGAGCCUGUGAGGGUCGGUGUUAAUGGAGACUAUAUAGGACCAGGAAAUCCAUAUCUUAAAUUACAAACCGGUAGUGUACCAGGAUGCAAUAAUACAGGUAUUCCUGGUGGACCUAGAGUUUCUAUACAAUCACGCCCUGGCUCCUCUCAACUAGUACACAUUCCUGAAGAAACGCAUGAAAAUAUCAUAACUACAUCUCCCAAAUGUAGUUCUGCCAGAUCAAAGUGGCUAAAGGUGGCGGAGAAAAGUGUUGCUUGUCGUAGCAAUAGUCAGCCAAGGAUUAUGCAAGUCAUAGCUAUGUCAAAACAGCAAGGAAUGCUUCAAGGUAGCCCAAAAAGCUCAGAAGGUAGUACUGUCAGUUGUACUGGAUCAAUCAGGUACAAAGCCUUGACAGAACAUGAACCAACAAAUAUUGUCCGGAUUGAAGCCCAUCCUGAAAAUAAUAGGCCAAUUAUUCAAAUGCCUUUAGAGGGUGAAGGAAGCGGAUCAUGGAAAUGGAAAGCUCCUGAGAAAGGAACUUUGCGUCAAGCUUAUGAACUGAAUGACCUCAACAGGGACUCUGAAAGUUGUGAGUCAUUAAAAGACACUUUUGGCACCACUGAAAGGAAGAGGAGCAACAUUGAUAAUGACCACCUUCUUCAUGGAAUAACCACAAUACGGGUGACACCUGUAGAAGGGAGCGAAAUUGGCUCAGAGACUGUAUCCAUAUCAUCAAGUCGUGACUCUACUCUAAGAAGAAAAGGAAACAUCAUUUUAAUCCCUGAGAGGAGUAACAGCCCAGAAAGCACCCGAAACAUCUUCUACAAAGGAACAUCACCAACACGCACAUACAAAGAAUGA